UCGAUUGGCCGGCGCAUCGGCGCGCGGGUUGGAAGAUGGCGGCGCUGGGGGCCCCGCUGCGCACUCUGCGCGCGCUCCUGCGCGAGCUCCGGCACGCCGCCGGCCGCUCCUAUCGCGACAGYCCCGCCUAUCGCCACGUGCUCGCGGCCUUCCGCGCGCACCGGGUGACCAGCGAGAAGCUGUGCCGGGCUCAGCAGGAGCUGCACUUCCAGGCCGCCACCUACCUGUGCCUGCUCCGCAGCGUCCGGGAGCACGAAGCCCUGCACCGCGAGUACCACGGCAAGGGCGAGCGCUCGCCCCAGGAGGUCGCUGGACUGGUGGGCUUCAGACUGCCUCAGCAGCCGGGAGGAAAGGGCUGAGACGGGUCUGCUCUGUUAAAUGUUUAUUUSUCAAUAAAUGUCCUAGAGCUGUUGGAA